AUGGCUCUGAUGUUAGACCGCCCGGCAUUGCAAUGUCGGGAACCCCAAAUCGCCCGUUUCCGAAUCCGGGAGUUAAUCAACGAACGUAUUGCAAAGCCCCUCCCCACUUAUGAACGUCGUCCACGGCGUACCUCCUGCACAUCGCAACGUAAUCGAUGCUGUGCAAAACAUCCAAGACCCGAGCGUUCCAGCUGUCGAUGUCUAAUGCCAUCGAGAAGAUGCUUGACUGAGAAAAAGGAAUGUUUAUUGGCAAAGAGAACAGUGGAGAAGCAGACAAUGGUGCCGAGUUUGAUGUCAUCGUCGAUGCAGACGCUGAGGGCUCAGGAUCGUGUGGCUGCGGACUUCGAGUCUGCAGCUGACGACCAUCUAGUUAGUGCUGGAUCGGUGGACGACAGACCAAGCUCAUCUUGUACAGUCUCUUGA